GUGUUUGGGGCGUACUUCUCUGAGCCCCUUCACGUAGACGAGCGGCGCUACUUUGGCAGUGGCGAGUGCUUUGUCUUCAACCUGCACCCCCGUGCGCGUGUGUACCCGUGGACGGGCAUUGGUGAGAUGUUCAUCUCCGCCAUGCUGACCAGCUUCUCCAUUGGCGUUGGCGA